AGGCAGGCAGUGCACGGACCUAACGGGCCACAUUUACGUCGGAGCACGCGGGCUACUCUUGUUCUCCGCGACGUACAUGCGCACGGUGGCGGCCGAGGAGCCCCAGCUCUCCGCGCCUGGCGGCCCGACGCGUCGUUCGCACUGCGCUCGCUGAAAGCAGCCAAAGGCGGAAGCACGUCGGCGCGCGCAGUGGGGCUCGGAACAGCGCGGGGCGUCGCGGCUCAACUACCGCUGGAUUAACUUCUGUCGGAAGGAAAACGGCCGAGAAGUAGCGCCGCUCCUGAGGGGGAGGACAGCAAUAGACUUAGAGUGCAAAGUUAUACUCACCGCCUCCCAUUUUCCGUCAUUGUAUAAAGGCGACAGACAUCAUCUAGAAAAGGUUCCUUAGUGGAUUUUCACCGCCAGCCCCCUACAGCAGCCAGAGCUCGGGCAGUUCGAGUCCAAGACCGCCUGCCGGGUAAGGAGCUCUGGGGCGACCUGCCGACCCCUACGCCCCUCCGAUGAACCCCAUCAACUCCAUGAAACCUGCCCUGCCUCCAACGCCACACAGCGACGGCUCCUAUCCAUAUGACCCUGUCUCCUGGCAGCAAGGCACCAAUCAGCCCGCAGGUUCCCUCUCCGUGGUAACCACCGUCUGGGGGGUGACCAAUCCAUCGCCUAGCCAGGUCUUGGGUGCUCCCAUGGGUCCUGGCGGCAACUCGGCCGGUAGCCACGUGAUGCCCGGAAGCAGCCCUGGCAUGAGCUCGCCGCAGUUCAUGGGUCAGCAGGGCUACGGUGAGCCCAACAAGGGCUACAUGCAGCAAGGCCUGUAUGGGCGGCCGGGAGGCAGCGGGGGCUACCCAGCAGGACCGGGGUAUGGGGGCAGCUACCCCAGCAGCGGCGGAGGGUCUCUUGGGAUGCCCCCCCAUGGCGUGCGACCUCCGACUGACUUCACCCAGGCUGCCGCCGCUGCUGCAGUGGCUGCUGCCGCUGCCACGGCCACAGCCACGGCAACAGCAACAGUGGCAGCCAUACAGGAGAAGCAGAACCAGGAGCUGAACUACGGCCCGAUGAGCGGUGGCUCGUCCUACAAUAGCCAGUUUAUGCCGCACUCAGGGCCCCGGGGCCUUCCUGGCAUGGCGCCCACAGGCAUGGUCCCCUCCCGCACCCCUUCCAUGGGGCCCAUGUAUAGCAGUCAAGGGCAGCGGUUGCCACAGCAUCCAGGCUACCCGGGGGCCCAGCCGGGGCCCCCCCGGCCUCAGCAGGGCAUGAAGCGGCCCUAUAACGCAGAGGGCUUCCCUGGACAGCAGUAUGGACCGGGCAUGGGCAAUGCAGGGCCCUACCCUGGGCAGCACCUGCAGUACCACGGUCCCCCUGGGCCCCAGCGCUCUGCUGCCUCACCCUCGUACCCUGGCCAUAGGAUGCCCCUCCAGCAGGGCAAUAUGGGCCAGUACCCGCCAGGUCCUGGGAACCCGGGCCAGUACUACAAGGCAGAGCAGUUCAACGGGCAGGGCAGCUCCUUGUCCGCCAUGACUGGUGGUACCGCGGCUGGAGGUUAUACCACCUUCAGUCAAGGGGCAGUCAAUGGGCCGGCUCGGGCCAUGCCGGGAUACCCCAGCUCUCCCCUCCCUGGGAACCCCACCCCACCCAUGACACCAGGCAGCUCCAUGGCCCCCUACAUGUCCCCCGGGCAGGAUGUCAAGUCUCCUUUCCUGCCUGAUGUGAAGCCCAACAUGAACACUCUGCCGCCCCCUACAGGGAACCCCAGCGAUGACCUGCGGCUGACCUUUCCUGUUCGGGAUGGUGUGGUGCUGGAGCCCUUCCGCCUGGAGCACAACUUGGCCGUCAGCAACCACGUCUUCCAGCUGCGUGAUUCCGUCUACAAGACGCUCAUGAUGAGGCCAGACCUGGAACUCCAGUUCAAGUGUUACCAUCAUGAGGACCGGCAAAUGAACACCAACUGGCCUGCAUCGGUGCAGGUGAGCGUGAAUGCCACGCCCCUCACCAUUGAGCGAGGUGACAACAAGACUUCCCACAAGCCCCUGUACCUGAAGCAGGUGUGCCAGCCCGGGCGGAACACCAUCCAGAUCACCGUAACGGCCUGCUGCUGUUCUCACUUGUUUGUGCUGCAGCUGGUACACCGGCCAUCAGUGCGCUCCGUCCUCCAGGGUCUGAUGAAGAAGAGAUUGCUCCCUGCAGAGCACUGCGUGACCAAGAUUAAGAGAAACUUCAGUAGCGGCACGAUACCGGGGACCCCGGGGCUGAACGGGGAGGACGGUGUGGAGCAGACGGCCAUAAAGGUGUCCCUGAAGUGCCCGAUCACAUUCCGCCGUAUCCAGCUGCCAGCGCGGGGUCACGACUGCCGGCAUAUACAGUGCUUUGACCUGGAGUCCUACCUGCAGCUGAACUGUGAGAGAGGGACUUGGCGCUGCCCUGUGUGCAAUAAGACUGCUCUUCUGGAAGGCCUGGAAGUAGAUCAGUACAUGCUGGGGAUUCUCAUCUACAUCCAGAACUCAGACUACGAGGAGAUAACAAUUGACCCAGUGUGCAGCUGGAAGCCUGUUCCGGUAAAACCUGACUUGCACAUCAAGGAGGACCCAGAUGGACCAACCCUGAAGCGCUGUCGAACCCUGAGCCCCAGUCACAUGAUAUUGCCCAGUGUAAUGGAGAUGAUCGCGGCACUGGGUCCGGCUUCAUCACCGUACACCCCAUUACCGCAAGGUGGUAGCAGUAACACACCUGACUACUCCAGCCAGGCUGGACCGGGGUAUUCAAAUCAGCCUGGAUUCUCUGACUUCCCCAAUGCCCCGGGCACUCCCACGCUGGGGGAAUUUUCCUCUGGACCUCCACCUUUGUCCUACCAGGCAGACCUGCCCACUGGACUGUUGACCCCAGAGAAACCGGUGGGACACCCCAUGUCUACACAGAUGCCACAUGCUGGCCGCAUGGAAACUUCCCAUAAUCCCCUUCAGCAGCAGCAGCAGGGCCUCCAUGCUGGCUCUCACCUUGGUGGCCCUGGGGGACCUAUGCAUUCCCGCAACCCUUCACAAAAUCCGCGGCUUCACACAGACGGCUCCUUUAGCCUUGGAGGACCAGGAGGGCAAGGAGAGGUGCCGGAACCUUCUCUGGAUCUGCUGCCAGAGCUGACAAAUCCAGAUGAGCUGCUGUCGUACCUUGGGCCCCCGGACCUUCCAAACAACAGCAACGACGACUUGCUGUCCCUCUUCGAGAACAACUGAGUUACAGCACCUCCAUCUCCCGUGAUUUUCUGAGUCACCCCAAAAGAGGAAAAACACCUCUCCUUGGAUCUUUUUGGAGUGGAAUGAAACUCAUACCACUUGUUUAAAUCCAACCACAUUCCCUAUGAAACUGGAAAAUGGCAAGGGAUGCUGGGAAAUGUUUUUACAACAACCAUGUGACUUUGAACUGCCUAUGAACUGUGUUAAUAGAUUUUAGUGUUUUAUAUUUUUAAGACGUUGCCCUCAGUUUUAUUCAUCUGUGAUGAAUGUUGCAGAAUGGCUCCGCGGCUGCAGUACAGUUCGUGGAAUAAAUUUAGUCCGACGGGAAGCUUCUGUUUCAAACCAGUCUAAUACAUCCGUGAUAUAUUUUGAAGCACAUUUCCAAAAUAACACACACACACACACAGAGACUGAAACCGCUAAUCCCAAGCAGGGUCACGGCAAACUGGAACCUAACCCAGCAACACAGGGUGUAGAGCUGGAGGAGGAGGGGACGCACCCAGGACGGGACGCCAGUCCAUUGCAAGGCACCCCAAGCGGGACUCAAACCCCAGACCCACCAGGGAGCAGGCACAGGCCAAACCCACUGUGUCACCGUACCCCCCAAAAUAACAGAAGAUGGUAAAAGUAAUUAGCAGGUGAUACAUGGAUUUGAUUAAGGCCUGUAAUAAGAGUGGCUCUAAAAUGUUCCUCGGCACUUAACAAUGGCUUAAAUGAAGGUAGCCAACCAGAGAAGUGUCUCCCAGAUAAUGUCCCUUGUAGAUACGUGUCGUGUCUCUGCUCUUGCUCACAUGGCUGUACGUUUAUCCCCAUUGUGACCCUGCAGGGAGCUUCUGAUUUCACCAUCAUAACUAUGUUCGGUAGUCGUGGGUUCCAUGGGUUCGUCCCAGUCCUACGUUGCUCAUACAUUCUACCGCUUUUCACAAACCGACCAGCUCUGAGACAGCAGGACAGUCUUGUCAUCACUUUUGUCCAGUGAGACUGUUAGAGGUAAAUUAAAAUAGACCGCAGUUCCCCAAAAAUAGUAAGGUCAUUUUGAUAUCAGAAUUGGGGGGGGGGGGGGAAUUCUACUAUGCUACCCUGUUCUAGUUUUUUUUUUCUUUUAAAUUGGUGAGUUCACUGUUUUUCUGUCCUGGAUUUAAAAAACUUGUUUCCCUUGCCUUCCUAUCCUUGUAUCUCUGCCUGUUUUGUGGUCAUUUCGUGAAGGAUCUGUUCAUACAAAUGAAAUGUAUUUUUCAUGACUGUCAGUUUUGAUUCGCUGAAACCUUUUCAGAGCUUUUCUUUAAAGGAAAGGCGACAAAGCCCUGAAUCUGGCGAGGACAAAUCUAGUUCCUUCGGUCACGGAACUGAAUUUACAUGUGCUCAUACGGAGUGCGGGGAGUCCUCUGCUCUCCCUGAAGCACCAUGCAGAGUGGGGAAGUCCCUAGAAGAAAAUGAACCAUUAAACUGCAGAUGUGUACUCAUCUCUGUGGCAAGAGCUUGCAGUGCAAUGACCCAUAGUGUCAUCGGGGACCUGCCCCACCCGGUCUGUCCCUAACACCAGACACAUUAUGUCCUCUCCCAACCUGAAACACCUGUUCUGGGUGUGUGUGUUCUUUUAUCGAAUGGGGGGGGGAGUCUUCCUACCCUGGCAACAGUCCAGGUGCAAGGAGUGGUCUGCUGCGUCACGGGGAAAGAAUGGCCGUGCUCCACCAUAACAAAUGACCGUAGUAUUCCAGUACAGCUGUUACUCCAUUUACUUUGCCAUGCCCUCUGGUUAUAUAUCUGGCUCAUGUGUUUAACGUUUGUUGAAAAAAGCACUCGUUCGUUGGGGCUCGGGGGAGGAAUCCUGACUCCCUGGGAUCCUGCUAGCAAAGGUGAACCAGAAACCUGUUAAGAAAAUGGAUUUCAAGGUGCUCAAAAGUCCUCUUCAUGUUGCACCCUGGGAGAAGAGACAUUUCACGAUGGAAGUGGACACGCUUUUUGUGUUUUAAGCACAAUACUUCCCUCCCGCUGUAAAUAUCCAUAUUGAACACUAGAAGAAAUGUGCUUAAGGGCAGACGUGUUUUGUCCUUGUCUUAAUCCUCGUUUCCGUCGAUCGCUCUCCGUCUUUCAGGAGAGUCGCAUUCGAAAGGAGUCCAUGGUUCAGUUCCUUGUCUUGUCUCAUUUAUUUAUGACUGCGUUUGAGGCCCUGCCAGCCACCUGCAGUUUGUAAGAUAAUGACCCAGAACAUUGAGUUAUUAGAUGUGCAACUGUUUUGUUUCAAGUUAUUUGUGUAUUAUAUUCAUUUUUUAUUAAUAUUAUAAUUAUUAAAGAUGAUUGGUGUACCCUGA